CAGCUGUUACAGGACACCGGCAUCAGCAUUCCGCUCAUUAACUCGACUGUGUGAAUGGUGGUCUAGAGAUAACGGCGCCCAUUUCCCAAUCAGGUGUUUACAACCUGCAGGAUUUAUGACCGUGAAUAAUAAAGCAGGAGAGCCCGGCAGCACCGUCAGUUGCGCUCGCGACUGGAGAACAGACGGAACCGACGGUGAAGAGUUGGCAGACCGGGCUUUGGGAUGGCAGAUAACGUGGCGUCCAGUGGCGCCCCCGGUGGUGAGGAGCAGAGUAGCGGCGCUAAGAAGAAGAAGCCCAAGAGCUACAGCACCAGCCAUCGCCCCAGCAAGCAGCGUGCACCCCUCCCCUCAGCCUUCAUGCCUGAUGUAGGAAGUCCUGGAGAGACGUCCAUAUUUAAGAGAAUGGACAACGUCCGUAGAAGUCUGGGUCUGAUCACAAAGGGAAGGUCACCGAGACCACCCGGCCUGCCAGCUGUUGCAGAAGCCCCAGCACACCACACAGAGGUCACCCAGAGGGCAGAGGUCACCCAGAGGGCAGAGGUCAGCGAGUCGAACACCCUCUCCCCUGAACCCUUCACAUCACCCUCAGAUGUAGGAAGUCCUGGAGAGAAGUCCAUGUUUAAGAGAAUGGACAACGUCCGUAGAAGUCUGCGUCUGCCCAAAAAGGAAAGGUCACAGACACAAUCACCUUUGACCUCGGCAGCUGAUGCAGAAGUCCCAGCGCACCACACAGAGGUCACCCAGAGGGCAGAGGUCAGCAAGUCGAACACCCUCUCCCCUGGACCCUUCGCAUCACCCUCAGCCUCUCCUUGGGACACGGUCCGUAGAAGUCUGGGUCUGGUGAAACAGGAAAGGUCGAAACUAGAGCUUUUGCCACCCGUUCCUGAUCCAGCGGUCCAGCAGGUCACCAAGAGGGCAGAGGUCACCAAGAGGGCAGAGGUCAGCGAGACGUACACCCUGCCCCCUGCCCCCUCCGUUAAACCCUCAGGUAAGCACCCUCUUCACCUUACUUUUUACAGUCGUCUACAUGACAUGCAUUUAUUCCUUCUUUCUUUCUUUCUUUCUUUCUGUGUUUCUUUCUUCCCCUCCAUUCUCUGUCCCUCUCUUGCCCCAGUGCUGGAGGUGAAGAAUUUGAUUGACAGCUGUGACGUGCUGGGUGCUCUGGUGAACCUGCUGAGUCUGCGCGAGGAGGUGCAGGAUGAGGAGGUGCGGGAGGCCUCACCUGCGGAGCUGGCUCACCUGAGGAGGGACCUGCUGCAGCUGUACGGCGAGCUGCGCAACAAGAUGGCCGACAUCGUGCGCCAGUCCAGUGUGCUGCCCGCCCCCAACCAGGAGCUGCUGGAGCAGGUAGCGCGGGUGGUGCAGGAGGAGGAGCGGCGGGCGGGGGAGGCGGGGGGGCUGGGGGGGUGGAGGGAGGCGUGGCGGGAGGCCGUGCGGGACGGCGUGAGGGACGUGCUGAGGGCCGUGCACCUGGACACACCUGACCACAACACUUCCUGGUUGGCCGUGCACCUGGGGCUGCUGGGAAAGGCCCUCGUGGAGAACCUGGAGCACGUGAAGGCGGAGCUACAGGGCUCGUACCCGCCCAGCUUCCGCGUCUUUCACCACUACGUGCACGCCUGUCAUGACGUCACCGCAGAGCACCUGAGAAGUCUCAUCGCCCAGGUGACCAACGUCAAGGACUCCUACGCCCUACUGGACUUCAUAUGCAACCAGUACAAGAGUGAGAGGAUUCUGGGUAAUGUAGUUCUGCAGCCUGAGAUGAGGGAGGAGCUUAGAUGUCUACCUCUGGAGGAGGAGCUACUGAACCAGGUCAAGAGCCGAUACUGCACGCACUUACAGGACGAGGUGAAGGCUCUUCUGAAGGGUGUGAUCCGUGUGGAGCAUGAGACCCUCUGGGAGCCGAAGAGAAAGUCGAAGGAGCGCGACGCAGGAUUCCCCAUUUCCCCUAUGGUGAUGGACAUCAGACAGAUGGUGGCGGUUAAGGAGAAGAGUUCUAGAACCCUCAGCAGGGAUUUGGGACUAGAGACGGAACGCAUCUGCCUAGCGGAGUUGGAGAGCUUUCCUAAAGAGUUAGAGCGUGAAUUCUCUCGCUUCGCGCGUCCACUCAUCUCUGAGUCGGCAGAUGUGUUGGACCAGAGUCUGUGGGUCACACACCACGUCACCUACAUCAACAGCUUCAGCUCUCUACGGGAGCACAUGGAGAGCUACAAGGACAGCAGUCCAGAUCAUGUGACCCGACUGAGUGUAGAGCUGGAGGGGGCGGAGCUUAGACUGAGACACGCCCUACUGCAGCAGCUCAAGAGCGACAUCAGCCCGUUCACAGAGCAGCUGAUGACUAAGUUCUGGCUGAACGACGACGGCGACUUCAAGGAGCUUUGCACCCGCGUCCAGAACCUGCACGACCUCUGCACCGAGAUGAAGCCGCCGCAACUACAGGAGUUUGUCCAACAGCUCCACCUGCUGGUGACGAGGGAGUACAUCGCCCCCCUGCUGCACCCCAAGUACUCCUGCAAGGGCAGAAAGAACCAGCCGGCAGCACACAAGCUGCAGAGGGAGUGGACUACACUCAGCAAGCUGUUCCAGCGCAUGAAAUCAACUGAACACUGGCUCCACCCCCUCGGAGACCACCUGAGCAAUAUCAUUGGUCAGAAGAAUGAGAGUGACAUCACUAAAGCCGUCCUGGAGCCCCUCGUCACGGAUUUCCCCGACAUCAGUGAGAAGCACCUGCAGGCUGUGCUGUAUUUCCGCGCCAGCAUGUGGACUCCUGAGCGUAAGCGUGUGCAGCAGCGCCUGGCCAAGUUGAAACAGCAGGGCGGCGCCACAGAGACAGACAUGAAGUUCUUCACAGACAUGCAGUGACGGAGGAAGCAGAGACGCCAGCUGUUUGUUUCUUUUAAAGUCUUUAAGGAUCCUGCCGGGUCUUGUACUGUAAACAUUCUAACAUGAUUUGGCAUACUACUGUAUCGGUAUAUGAUAUUAUACAAUCUGUAUAUUUCUGAGUUGAUAUUAUAUUGUCCAUUGCAGUUGUAUUUAUUUGAUGGGUGUUGGGUAUAAAUGUCAUCCCAGUUCAGAGAGAUAGCGAGCUGGAGAGGUCUACAGGGCACAGACACAAGAUCACAAAAGACAAACAACAUCCAGCUCACUCUAAAAACUAUUGUAAGAGUUUAUGGAGUAAGAAUGUUUCCUUGAAAUGUACAACCUGACAUGUCAAAAAUAUACAGUAUAAAAUCAGAAGUUAAGUUAUACGUUUUGUAAACGGCAAAUAAAAAGGUUGUGGUAACCUAAAAUCUAGUACAUCUA